AUUGCUGUGCAAGAGAUAGAAUGGAAAUGGAUUGCUGAAAAUGGGUGCAGUGUUAGAGCUUCAAUCGUUCGCAAUUUUCUUGAUGAUAAGGUUUGAAUUGCUGUUACGUUUCGUUUGACUGCGUUUAUAAGCUCGGAUGACGCUUGGGUCGUCACUUAGCGCCCGUAUCUUAUAAUUGACGCCCGGCACAGCACUCUAUGGUGGCGGCGCGGUGACCCAAGAUGGACCACCAGUUCUCCAACAUCCUGCGCGGCACGCGCCAGUUUUUCCAGGGCGUGCCGACGUCGAGCGCCGACUCGCCGGCGGCCGGCGCCGCCGGCUGGCCGUACCAGCUGUUCCCCGGCGUCGGCUCCGGCAGCAUCACGCGUGGCACGUCAGACGGCGGCGAGCGGGCCGCCGCCGCCGCCGCCGCCGGCUGGCCGCCCGCCUACCAGCGCGGCCCGGAGCGGCCCGAGCGCGCCGUGUCCUCGGCGGCGGCCGGCUCGUACGCGCCCUACGCCGGACUGUCUGCCGACCCGGCGGCCGCGGCGCGCUACAGCACCGCCGGCCCGGACAGCGUGUGGAGCAUGCUGGGCCACUCUGCGGCGCCGGCCGGUGCCCGGCACGCCGCGCAGGGCUUCUACCAGCAGCAGACGCGGUCGCCGGUGACGGCCGGCGGCCAGCAGCAGCAGCAGCAGCAGCAGCUCGGCCGGCCGCCGGCGGCGGACGGCGGCGCGCGCGCCGAGCACGUGGUGAAGGUGCUGGAGGGCGGCCGGCCGCAGCUGCCCACACUGAGCCAGUCGCGCGCCGCCCUGCAGUCAGCUCUGCGGCAGCGCUCGCCGCUGGAGCCGCGCGGCCCGACCGGCGGCCCGCUCCAGACGGGACAGCGCGCCCCGUGGCCGGCCGCCGACGGUCUGUACGCCGCUCACCCGGCGGCGGCCCCGCAGGCCGGCGGCGGGCACCUCGGCGACCUGCUGGACUACUACGGCCGACAGCAGCCGUCAACGGCAGCCGCGUCCCGGAGCGGCGACCCGCGGCCAGCGGCGCAGCCGGCCGCUCAGUCGGCCUACCAGCCCGCCGCCACCCUCCAGUCGACCUACCAGCCCGCCGCCAGCCUCCAGUCGACCUACCCGUCCCCGGCGCCCAGGGACCAGCAGAGACUCGUCUACAACCACGGCUCGGCGCCGGGCGCCGCCUACUCCGGGGCAGGGCUGGCUGUGUCGGACGCCGCGCCGGCGCCGAUGCGGCCCGGCUCCACCGCCGCCGGCCGGCAUGGCUACCGGUGGCCGUCCAUGUCGCAGCCACAGGCCGUGGGCAACCACCAGCCGCCGCCGGCCGCGCGGCCCGACCCCGGCGCGGCGCGGGCCAAGCAGCCGCCGCCGGCGCCGUGGGCCGCGGAGACGGCGGGGCGCCGCAACAGUUCGGGGGACGGACAGUUGCUGGACCUGCGGCCGGGCAGCGCCGCGCCGCCGCCGCCGCCGGCCGACACCGGACAGCCCCGCAAACGGCUGUCCACCGAGGUGCUGGACCUGAGCGUGCGCCGCGGCGCCGAGGAGCGGCCGCGCAGCGUGAUGCCGACCCUGCCCAGCCAGAGCGUGGCGCGGCAGCAGCGCGAGCCGCGGCCCGAGUCUGUGCCGCCGCCGGCGCGCGCCCCGCUCGACACGCUCAACAGUCCGCCGGCGUCCCGUCCGGCCUCGCAGGCGGCCGCGGCGCCGCCCCAGUGCCGCUCGGACGGCUUCCGGUCACCGGCGUCCGAGUGGCGGCCACCGACCGGCCCGGCGGCCGGCGGCCACAACGGUCCGCUGGAGACGGCGACCGCCGGCGGUCCCAGCCCGCGGCCGGCGCCGCCCGAGUCGCCACGCGCCGCGCCGCCGGCCCGGCCGUUCGGCGUACCGUCCAGUGACGCGACCACGGCCGCCGCGGCACCGCUCAACUUUUCACCGCGAGCCAGUCCGACGGCGUACCAGCCGCCGGGCGGAGUGCCGAUACGGAUCAGCCCCUCGCCGCAGCAGCCGCCGCCGCGGGCCAGCCCGGCUCCUCAGCAGUUCUACGGCGGUGCUCCGCAGCGGCCCGAGCAGCCUCGGCAGGAGCGCCCAGCGGCCUCUCGUCCCGACCAUCCUCCGGGCCACCCGGCGACGUCCAGGCCGGACCAGGCUCAGAGCUAUCCGGCGACCAGGCCGGACCAGCCCCCGGGCCACCCGUCGACGAGGCCGGACCACCCGCCGGGCCACCCCGCGGCAAGGUCCGACCUGCCGCGCCAGGAGAAGCAGCCGAACGCACCGGGCCGGCCGGCCUACGGUGGCCCGAUGUCUGCCGAGCCGGCGCCCCGGUUUGGUCCGCCGCCGCCGGCGGGACCGGGUCAGUGUCCGCAGCCGGGCCGGCCGCCCGGCUCUGCACUGCCGCAGCCGGGCCGGCCGGGCUACCCAGCGCCAUACCCGCACAGAAUGUCGGCACCGCACCACCACCAGCAGCCGCAGCAGCCUGGGCAGCAGGGACACCCUCAGCGGCACCAGCAGCAGCGGCCGCCGGCACCGCCGCACCAACACCAGCAGCCAGACCAGUAUCAGCGGCACGGCCAGAUGGGUCAACAGCUGCACCCAGCAAUGCGGUCCGGACAGCCUCCCUCGCAGCAACAGCAGCAGCAGCAGCAGCAGCAACAACACCAGCAGCAACAUCACCACCAGCAGCAGCUGCAACAGCAACAACACCUACACCAGCAGCAGCAGCAGCAACAGCAGCAGCAACAACACCAGCAGCAGCAGCAGCAGCUGCAGCAACAAAACCAGCAGCAGCAG